CUUCAGCCAAUAAACUCAUCAUGUCCUGGAAUAAAGUCCUCAAUGACUUAUACCACGACAAAUUCCAGGCCGCCCAGUAAUUCCCAAGUUUCCCUCUUUCUCAUCAGUUUGUGAAGCACGAAAAGCCUCAGUUGGAACUCUACAGCAACCCCCAUGGACGCAUCCAACUUCCUAGCUCAUCGGGCACCAACCGAGCUCAUCUACGCCAUAUUUCAAUCCAUAACCUCUGAGCACAUCCAAGGUGCCGUGGCCCUCUCCUUGGCCUGUAGCAGUCUCCGGAAUCACUGGACCACCCACAGAAGCGCCCUUCUAUGGAACCUCUGCGUCGAGCAUGUUCCUCAUGCUCAAGAGGCCUUGCUUGCUGCCCGCAUGACAAGAAAGGUUGCCGAUGCCGAGAUAAGGGGGAGAUUACCCCCUAUGGACAUCUCGCCUGGUGACCUACUGAGUGGUUCUGCCAGCCCAAAGUUAAGCAUGACUCUUUCAGAAUACCAUCAGGUCAGGGACCUGAAUCUCCUGGCACGAAAUCGGGAAGCCAGGCUCCAUCAUUGGCCGUGUCGUGUAUGGAGUUUUCCUAAUGAUAGGCCGCAACAAGCUCGGGGGGAAACAGUUUCACCCGAGGAACCCUGUUCCAUGCCCGAAUGGAGCGAUCGCGUACAUCUUGCCUUAUAUAGGAUGAUGAUACUUGCUGCUGGCCUUGCUGGGGCUUACCACGAACCCACUCUCAAGGCCACGGACCCUGAGGCGGGCAUGUCACUUAUCUUCGCAUGGAUGAGUGCAGUAGUAUACCCAAGGUCUGAUGUGACGUGUUCGGUUUAUUCUGACGACCGCUCGCUUGGGUCGAGAUUCAUAUCGAAGCAUGGAAGGUACAGGACUUUUCCAGAACCAUGUUCACGGGCAGAGUGGCAUGGCAAUGCGUUUAAGGUUAUGGGCUAGGGGAGUUAUUAAUGAAUCAGGUCCAUUCGUAGUAACUUGGGUUGGUGGUCAUCAAGCUUCCUCCUUAUCUGAAUCGAUAAGUGGUCUAGAAUUUUGCAGACUUGGAUCUUGAAUACCUCUAUGACAUGAAGUGUGAAGUCACUGUACAUCUCGAUCCAGUUCUCGGGCCAUGUCACUGUCAAGAAUCCAGGAAAAGAGCGUACCAUCAUCCUAGCCAGCCAUGGACCAUUCGUCAAGGUUGACCUGUCUCGUCAUAUAAACAACACACAGGGUUCAA